AUGUCCGGCCUCCUCCUCCGUCACUCCUCCUCCACCUCGCCAAUGUUCCGAAUCCGCCUCCUCUACUCCACCACCACGCCGAUGUCGCGCCUCUGCAUCCUCGUGCGUCGCAGCUCAUCCUCCACCUCACCGCCAUCACACUCCUGGUCUCCCGAAGCAGCCUUCGCCGCGGCCACAGAGCGCGCCCGCGCCGGUGCGCUCAGCCCGGAAGAUGCACACAACCUGUUCGACGAAUUGCUCGGGCAGGCAACCCCGGUCCACUCCCGUGCCCUCAACGGCUUCCUCGCUGCGCUCGCCCGUGCUCCGGCCUACGACGACCACAGGAGCGGCCCCUCUCUCGUCGUCACACUCUUCAACCGCGUGUGCCGAGAAGAAGCCGGCCCGCUGGUGGCGCCUCUCACAGUCCACACCUACGGCAUCCUCAUGGAUUGCUGUUGCCGCGCUCAUCGCGCUGACCUCGGGCUUGCCUUCUUCGGACGCUUCCUCAGGACGGGCCUCAGGUUAAACCUGAUCUUCGGCAACACCCUCCUCAAAUGCCUAUGGACAGACGAGGCUGUGGACGUGCUGCUUCGUAAGAUGUCCGAGCUAGGCUGUGCGCCCGAUGUCAUCUCAUACAACACAGUUCUGAAGAGGUUAUGUAAAGAUAGCAGAAGCCAGGAGGCACUCAACCUGCUCUACACGAUGGCUAAAGCAGGACGUGCCUGCUCCCCGGACGUGGUGACAUAUAGCACGGUCAUCCACGGCUUCUUUAGGGAGGGCGAAAUAGGCAAGGCAUGCAAUCUAUUCCAUGAAAUGGUGCAGCAAGGGGUUGUGCCUGUUGUGGCGACCUACAACUCCGUUAUUGAUGCGUUGUGCAAGGCCAGAGCAAUGGACAAGGCGGAGCUAGUCAUUCGCCAGAUGGUUCACAAUGAUGUUCAACCAGAUAAUGUGACUUACAAUUGCAUGAUCCACGGGUACUCCACAUCAGGGCAGUGGAAAGAGGCGACUAGGAUGGUCAGAGAAAUGACGAAGCGGGGUAUAAUACCAAAUACUGUCACCUGCAACUCGUUCAUGACAUCCCUUUGCCAGCACAGAAGAAGCAAAGAAGCUGCAGAAGUUUUUGAUUCCAUGACUGUCAAAGGCCACAAACCUGAUAUUGUCUCAUACUCUAUUUUGCUUCAUGGGUAUGCCAAUGAAGGAUGCUUAGCUGAUAUGAUCAAUCUCUUUAAUUCAAUGAAGGACAACGGUAUUGUACCCAACUGCCAAGUUUUCAACGUAUUAAUUGGUGCAUAUGCUAAAUGUGGGAAGAUGGAUCAAGCUACGCUCAUAUUUACUGAAAUGCAAGGGCAAGGAGUGAGUCCGAAUGUAUUCACAUAUUCAACUCUAAUUGCCGCACUUUGUAGGAUGGGUAGGCUGGCUGAUGCCAUGGAAAAAUUCAAUGAGAUGAUUGCUGUGGGAAUACAACCGAACAAUGUUGUCUAUCAUUCCCUAAUUCAGGGUUUUUGUAUGCAUGCUGAUCUGGUUAAAGCUAAGGAGUUGGUUACUGAAAUGGUGAGCAAAGGUAUUCCUCGUCCUAACAUUGUGUUCUUCACUUCAGUAAUAAACAAUCUAUGCAAAGAAGGAAGGGUUAUGGAUGCACAUGAUGUCCUUGACUUGGUUAUACACAUAGGCGAGAGGCCUGAUGUCAUUACAUUCGGUUCAUUAAUUGACGGGUAUGGCUUAGUCGGCAAGAUGGAUAAAGCACUCAGAGUGUUUGAUGCCAUGGUAUCAGCUGGUGUCGAACCUGAUGUUGUAACUUAUAAUACACUUGUUAAUUGCUAUUUUAGAAAUGGAAAGGUCGAAGAUGGUUUGACUCUAUUCAAAGAGAUGUCGUGCAAGGGAAUUAAACCCGACACUGUUACAUAUAGCAUCAUACUGGAUGGGUUUUAUCAUGCGGGGAGAACUGUUGAUGCUAAGAAAAUGUUCGAUGAGAUGAUUGAGACUGGGAUAGCAGUGAGUAUUUCCAUAUACAGGAUCAUUCUCUUAGGUCUUUGCAGAAAUAAUUGCGCUGGCGAAGCAAUCAAUCUGUUCCAGAAAUUAGGUGCAAUGAAUGUGAAGUUCGAUAUUACAAUACUCAAUACAAUGAUUAAUGCAAUGCACAAGGUUCAAAGAAAAGAAGAAGCGAAUGAUCUGUUUGCUGCAAUAUCAGCCAAUGGGUUGGUGCCUAAUGCAUCCACUUAUGGAGUAAUGAUAACAAAUAUUCUAAAAGAUGGAGCAGUGGAGGAUGCUAACAGUAUGUUUCUGUCAAUGGAGAAGAGUGGCAUCGUUCCCAGCUCCCGUCUUAUGAAUGAUAUCAUCAGAAUGUUGUUGGAAAAAGGUGAGAUCGCCAAGGCUGGAGAAUAUUUGUGUAAAGUUGAUGGGAAGAGCAUCUCACUUGAGGCUUCAACUACAUCAUUGAUGCUGUCUUUGUUUUCAAGGAAAGGGAAAUAUCAGGAGGACGUAAAGUUGCUCCCUGCAAAGUACCAAUUUUUCGAUAAAUUUGGUUGACUAGUUGAUACAUUGCAUAUGAGACCAACUCCUUGAAAAUCACAAUUGAGUGUUUUCUUACAUAAUGCCUUCUGCCAGUAUAACUGAGUUAGGGCAGUAGCAUUGAGUUCAUUAUGUGGUGUGUCAAAAUCACAAGAAUCUGAAAUGUCUAUGAAUCUUUUGAUCUUUGAUGAGCAAGGGAAGGCAGACAGUAGUGUAACACGGCUUGUUGCAAUCUUAGGUAUGAUGGCUUCUGAUGGCGACUGGGGAGUGGGAGAAAAAGCACAAUGAAUACUAAUACAAUCUUUUCUAGCAGCCACCUGAGUUUUUUUAAUCUCUCUAAACAGUUAAUUUCCUUCAUAUAAAUGCAUUCUUAGCAAUGUCAUUCUCAGUCAUCUGCUAUGUAUGCAAGGGUGCAUUUGCUUUUAGUUUGACAAAUCUGUUAUGUGUCUGAGGGCAAAUGGGUACUCGAACAAUAGAUGUAUUA